AGGAAGCACCGGUGCGUCCUCGGAUGUUUUCUUUUUCCUCUUCUCGUGCUCACCUCGUUGGUUUUUACGCACGCUGCUAUCACAACACCAGAGCUUGGAGAGGACGCGCGUUAAAGUUCACCUCCAAGUCUGAAUGUGUGUGUGUGUGAGUGAAUGUGUGUGUGUGGAUUCAAUGUGUGCUCAGUUUGUGUGUGUGUGUGUCUAAUAGGGUGACCCCCCACUGCGCUGUUUAAAGGGAAGACAAGAGAGCUGAGUCAACGAAUCGUAUAAGGAGAAGGAUGCAACAAGUUGAUGUGCGCCAGUUGCAGUUUUCUUGUAUAUUUGGAGACAAGCAGAGGAGGAUGGUGGCUUUGAUCUGUGUGGAGCAAAGAUCGGAUGUUUUAUUGCGUUAAAAAAAACACUCAUCUGUCAGUUAAACCGAGAACUAAACUAAGAAAGAUAGUUUAAAAAGCAGCCCACUCGUGCGUAAUUCCUCGCCAAAAAAAUGGACAUUUGGACAGAAGCAGCGCAUUUGGAGGGACUUCUUCAUGCUCUGCUGGAAUGAAGUUGAAGCGGUGGUGAGUAGCAGCAGCAGUGCAGUUCUCUGCACACCAACAUGCAUCGGAUUCUGCAGAGGAGGCGAGUGCGCAAGCUGCGGGUCUUCUGGGCUUCUCUGGCUCUGGUGGCUCUGUCUCUGGCCGCAUGCAGCGCGCUCUUCACGGCGUGGACUUGGCGACAGACGCGGGACCUGUCUCAGUCCUUUAAGAUCCUGCAGGACCGAAUGGAGCAGGUUAAUACACAGAGGAAGGCCAUUGUUCAGCUCAUUCUGGAGAAGAGAGAACUGCUGGUGGGGCAGAGAGUGAAGAGAGAUGGGGGGGCGCUGCGAGGGAGGAAUGGAAAUGGAAAGAAAGCGGCGUCUCAUUUCGAGAUAACCAAAGUCUCCUCUCAGCAAGUGGGAGAGGGCGGUGUGAUUAAGGGCUGGGAGGAGAGGACGUUGAAUAUGAGUAAAGCGGUGAGGUACAACAAGGAUCAAGGCACCUUCACUGUGGAGAAAGCGGGCGUCUACUUCCUGUUCUGCCAGGUGUUGUUCAACGAGCAGCAGUCUCAGUAUGUGAAGCUGGAUGUGGUGACCAGCGGCCAGAGGCCUCAGAAGCUGCAAUGCAUGGAGGGAUACGGGACGACCCCGUCCGCCGGGCCGCACCCUUUCCACUUCCUGAAGCCCUGCCAGGUGUCCGGCCUCCUGCGACUGGACAAAGGCACAGAGCUGCAGGCCAUCACGGGCUCGUCCUUCAGACUCCACACGCUGGGCAACCCUUCAGCCUCGCCUCACAUCUUCAGCAUCUUCAAAGUCAACUGAAGCUCGGAGGCUUUUUUACACAAAGUUAACUUUUUUUUUUUUUUUGUAUGGACAGCCUCUUCCCGAAGACGUUAAUUUGAAAGACGAACCUGACAUUUGUGGAAGUUGUUGUGGAAUUUUUCUUCUCUGGACAGCAGUGCUGUUUGGAACGCAAAAACACAGACUUUUGGAUUAAAACCAAGACCAGGAAGUGGACGAAAUGCCUCGUUGAAUGUCUGCCGAGAGAACAGAUGUGAUGGAAGCUGUUCUAUAGAUAAAGGGCUUCAUAUAAAAAGAAAAAUACUUGGAUCUUAGCCUUCGUAUCAUGUAAUAAAUUGUGCUUACACUCUUUUUUUAUAAGACUGACAGUAAAGCUGUGCAUGCACCAUCCACUUUUAUAUCACCGGUGCCUCAAGAAGCUGAGAGCACGCGUCAGAUCGCGACACUAUAAACAGCCGACACGAGUUGUCAAUGAUAUUUUAUACAAUGCAGCGUCUGUGUGUGAAUCAAACAAUUCUUGUUUAUACUGAUUUUACGAUCUUACAAUGCAAUGUGCGUCUGAGUGUGAAGUCUUUUCUUUAAAUACUUUGUAUAUACUUCACACAUACUUUACUUUUCAUUUUAAAUAACGUGGAUGUGAAUUUGUGCGCUUUCAUUCAACUGUUAUCAGGCCACUAAAUAGGCGUGAUCAGUCAUUAUAAGCACCAUAGAUGUGGGACAGUAGGGGCCUACUAUGCCUACUACGUUGUAAAUGAUAGAGCAAUACUUAAAAGCAACACGUUCUAACAUAUUGUAAA